AUGUAUUCGGUAGCCAAGACCAUUGGCUUGCCGGCGACGUUCGUAGAGCUGCGGCACCAGGCAACACACGAGCAGCUGCCGUCCCUCGCAAAACUGCGGACCGCCGCCCGGAAGGCGCUGGUGUGGAUCUGGGAAUAUUACUGGCAGCAACUAGGAGUAAACGAAGAUGAGGAGACUGUGAUUGUUGGCGAUGCGGCUGCACCUGGGUAUUGUGAUAUGGUGAUGGGAUACCUGCAGGAAUCAGAGGGAGCGCGGAAGGCCGAGCGGAGGAGGCUGCUCGAUAGACUGGACCAGGGCCAGUUACUCUUGACGCUGUCACAGAUCAUGGACGCGUCACCGAACAAUGCGAUUUUGCUUGGGGCCCUAAGGAUGUCUAGAGAAAUCCUGCAAAUGGGACGAGAGGGAGAUAAUGAUGAGGUGGAUUUGGAUAAUGACGUGGAGCAGGUCAAGAGAGAAAUCUCACGGUCGCGGGACGUAUUGAUGUCGGAGGCGAAAGAAGCCGAGGAGCAGUCGUCUGACGAUGCGGACCAUGAUGAGCCUGGCGAGGGUGGAAGCGGUUGGGCGAAGCACCAGGGAACUUGGAAGCCACGUCCUAUUGGCGUCCUAUAA